AUGAACAAGAACAAGAUGAAGAAGAAUAUGUACAAGAAGACGAAGAAGCAGAAACGAUUCCUCGUCCUCCUGCCAGACCUGCAGGGCAACAAUCUCACCGUCAUCUACGACACGGAUUUCCAGGAUCUCUCCAAGCUGCGGAUUCUACAGCUGACGGACAACCAGAUCCACACCAUCGAGCGAGAUGCCUUCCAGGACCUCGUCGCUUUGGAAAGACUGCGGUUGAACGGCAACAACAUCCGACACAUUCCAGACGACUCCUUCUCAACUAUGGUGCAUCUGCUGAGACUUGAUUUAAGUCAUAACAAGAUCGCUGUUAUUGGCAAAAAGACGUUACGUGGAAUUUCCGUUAUAAAGCACCUCCAACUCGAUAACAAUCACGUCACGUGUAUCGACGAUCAAGCAUUGAGGAGUUUCAAGGAUUUGGAAAUACUGACAUUGAAUAACAACAACUUAACAUGGAUUGGAAAGGAUAUGUUCAGCAACAUGUUCAGGCUGCGAACGCUGCGUCUGAGCGACAACCUCUUGCACUGCGAUUGCCAACUAUCCUGGCUGGCCAGGUAUUUAAAGCAUUCGCCUAGGUUGGCGCAGUACACGUGGUGCCAUUCGCCGGGACACCUGAAGGGUCAGAGCGUCUCCGAACUGCUCGAGCAGGAAUUCAAAUGCACGGGAUUAGUGGAGAGAGCACUCACGGGCGAGUGCAUCAGCGAACCCCAGUGUCCGCAUCCAUGCCGCUGCGCCGACGGGAUAGUGGAUUGCCGCGGAAAGGCUCUCGGCAAGGUCCCCGAUCACCUUCCCGAUGGAACGACCGAACUGAGAUUGGAGCAGAACGAGAUCACGGAAAUACCACAGAAAGCGUUCUCGGCGCACAAAAGGCUACAAAGGAUUGACCUGAGCACCAACAAAAUCAAUAAGAUCGCAAGCGACGCAUUCAGAGGCCUGAAGGCAUUAAAAUCAUUGGUGCUGUACGGCAACAAGAUUAAAGAUCUGCCGGCGGGAAUUUUCCAGGGAUUAGUAUCUCUGCAACUGCUGUUGCUCAACGCCAACGAGAUUUCGUGCAUCCGGAGGGACACCUUUAAGGAUUUGCCCGCUUUAAAUUUGUUGUCUCUUUAUGAUAACAAUAUUCAAUCUCUUGCAAACGGAAGCUUUGACUCCUUGAGAAGCAUACAGACUUUGCAUUUAGCACGGAAUCCGUUUAUAUGCGACUGUAAUCUACGAUGGCUGGCGGAAUAUCUGCUGAAGAAUCCGAUAGAAACGUCUGGUGCAAGAUGCGAUACUCCGAAGCGAAUGCAAAGGAAACGUAUCGAUAGCUUGAAAAAUGAAAUGUUCAAAUGUAAGGGCCAAGAGGAUUUCAGGACUAGAUUCGCUGGUGAAUGCUUAAUAGACAACGCUUGUCCGGCAGGAUGUGCAUGCGACGGGACCAUCGUGGACUGCUCCGGAAGAAAUCUGAAGGAGAUCCCGAGAGACAUCCCGCUCUACACGACCGAACUAUUGCUGCACGACAACGAACUGGGCCGCAUCAAAUCCGAUGGUCUCUUCGGUCGCUUGCCUAAUCUGAUAAAGCUCGAUCUGCGCCGCAAUCAGAUCACCGGCAUCGAGGAGAACUCCUUCGAGGGAGCUUCCCGCAUUUCCGAAUUGCUACUCUCCGAGAACAAACUUCUGGAGAUCCACAAUAAGAUGUUCCUCGGGCUGCACAGCCUGAAGGUCCUUUCCCUAAACAACAACGAGAUCACUUGCGUCAUGCCCGGAUCAUUCGAUUUCCUGACAUCGCUGCAUACGCUGAAUUUGGUCCAGAAUCCCUUCAUCUGCAACUGCCAUCUGGCUUGGUUCUCGGAGUGGCUGAAGAGCAAGGGCUUAAGCGGAUCAGCGCCGAAGUGCGCUAUGCCGCCACGCGUGAAGGACGUCCUGAUCAAGGAACUACCGCAGAGCGAGUUCAAAUGCACCAGCGACAACGAUCAGGGAUGCCUGGGGGAGAAUUAUUGCCCGCCCAUGUGCUCCUGCACCGGCACCGUCGUGCGAUGCACCCGCGCCAAGCUGAAGGAGAUACCCAGGGGAAUCCCACCUGAAACAUCCGAGCUGUACUUGGACGUGAACGAAAUACAGAGUAUCCAAGCGGACCGGAUCAGCCAUUUGAAAUCUUUGACGAGGCUCGAUUUGAGCAACAACCAAGUGGGAAUACUGUCAAACGACACGUUCGCGAACUUAUCGAAACUCUCGACCCUGAUAAUAAGUUACAACAAAUUGCAAUGCAUUCAAAGAGACUCCCUAGCCGGUCUGAAAUCCCUCAGGAUCCUAUCCCUCCACGCAAAUCAAGUUUCGAUGAUACCGGAAGGUACUUUCGCCAAUCUGAAAUCAAUCACGCACAUCGCGUUGGGGGCGAAUCCUUUGUACUGCGAUUGCAACCUGCGUUGGCUCGCCGAAUGGGUCAAAGUGGAUUACGUAGAGCCAGGCAUCGCCCGAUGCGCGGAACCCGUCAACAUGAAGGACAAGUUCAUCCUGUCCACGCCAUCCUCCGCCUUCCAAUGCAAAGGUAAAAUCAGCAACGAGAUACUGGCCAAAUGCGACACCUGCUUCACGUUCCCAUGUCAGAAUGAGGGUAAGUGCGUUGCUCUACCCGAACGUGAGUACCAGUGCAUAUGUGCACCAGGAUACCAUGGUAAAAACUGCGAGUUUAUGAUCGACGCCUGCUAUGGCAAUCCAUGCCGCAACAAUGCUUCUUGCAAAGUCCUGGAAGAGGGAAGAUUCAGUUGUGAUUGCGUUCCCGGCUACAACGGCUUAAGAUGCGAGACUAACAUCGAUGACUGCGAGAACAACAAAUGUCAAAACAAUGCCACAUGCAUCGAUCAGGUGGAAUCCUACCAAUGCAAAUGCCAGGCCGGAUUUAUGGGUCAAUACUGUGAAACGAAAAUUCCAUUCUGCACAUCCGACUUCAAUCCUUGCAAGAACAGCGCUCGCUGCGUGGAUCACGACACUUAUUAUACCUGCGAAUGUCUGCCCGGAUUCAAGGGUGAUAACUGUACUAUCAACAUCGAUGACUGCGAAAAUCACAUGUGUCAGAAUGGAGCGACCUGCGUUGACGGUACUAACAAUUACGAAUGCAAAUGCACCGGAGAGUUUACUGGAAAACUCUGCGAAAUCAUGCCGCUGGUAGCUAUGAUGUACCCUCAGACGUCGCCAUGCCAACACCACGACUGCGUUCACGGGGUGUGCUUCCAGCCGAGCGGUUCCAAUGAUUAUUUGUGCAAAUGCGCGCCCGGUUAUUCGGGAAAACGUUGCGAAUACUUGACCAGCCUGAGUUUCAUACAUAACACAUCGUACAUCGAGCUUGAACCGUUGAGAACGAAGCCAGAAGCUAACGUAACUAUAGUCUUUUCAACUACCCAAGAGAACGGCGUGUUGGUGUACGAUGGCCAUCAAGAGCAUUUGGCUGUGGAGUUGUUCAACGGCAGAAUCAGAAUCAGUUACGAUGUCGGAAACCAUCCGGUUUCAACCAUGUACAGUUUCGAGAUGGUGGCUGAUGGACAUUACCACACCGCUGAAUUGAUUGCGAUUAAAAAGAAUUUCACUUUGAGAGUGGAUCGCGGUCUGGCUAGAUCCAUUAUCAAUGAAGGCUCCAAGGACUUCCUAAGGUUGAAUACCCCGAUGUACUUGGGUGGAAUUCCUUCCGAGCCGGGACAGCAGGCCUUUACCCAAUGGCAUUUGAGAAAUUUGACAAGUUUCAGAGGUUGCAUGAAAGAAGUAUGGAUUAACCAUAAGCAGGUGGAUUUUGGGAACGCAGCCAUUCAACAGAAAGUGACUCCGGGUUGUGCGGUUAUGGAUCCCGAAACCGAAAGGGAUGAAGAUCAGCAGGAAGAUGAGAUGGAUACUAUGGUGGAUGAGCCGGGUAACGACGGCCCUCCAGAUCCAUGCAAAACCAACCAUUGCAAGCACGACAGCAAGUGCGUUCCGACGAGGGCCGGCGAGUACAUGUGCCGAUGCCGACCUGGCUUUAAGGGCAAGUACUGCGAACAAGGUGAGGAAGAGUCACCGACUUGCAGAAAGGCGCAAGUCAGGGAGUACUACACCGAGAAUGGUUGCAGAUCAAGGAAGCCUUUGAAGAUGGCCAAGUGUGUCGGUGGAUGCGGUUCGACCUGCUGCAACCCACGGAACAGCAAGAGGAGGAAGGUCCGUUUGAUAUGUAACGAUGGUACUCGUUACACCAAAGACAUCGACAUCGUGCGCAAAUGUGCGUGCACGAAGAAAUGCUACUGACUGACAAAAGCCGCUACUCACAAUUCUAACACGCACUCGCGACUGGAGGAGAGUGCGCAGCUCGCGAUACCCGGCGAUGGAGACCUGAAGGACCCAGCUGGGAAUCACGUGCUGAACUUGCAACCAUCCGUGCCGCCGGCGCCGAAGAAUCAACCGUACAAGUUGACCUUUUUCGUGGAGAACGAUACUAGGCAGCUGCAAAUGACGGACUUCGCCGCCGACGAGAGUGACAGCAUCGUCGUGGAGAGCUAUGACAGCCCAACGCUCGGCUCCGCCAAGCACCAGCAUCCACGACACGAUGCCCACUGCAUCCUAUCGGCGUUCCUCUACUUCGUUACCAUUACCACAUUCGCAUA